GAUUCUCAAGAUGGAUCUCACCAAGAUCGAGUUCGAGGAGUUUACCUGUCGAAGAAGAAUCCGCCUCCUCGUGAAACGGCACUGUCAACUGGCGGUAUACGCCAGCGAUCUCGAGCAAACCUUCAACAUGAUCAUACUGAUACAGCUAUUGAUGAGCACGUUGUUGAUUGGCGUGGAAGGUUUCGUAUUUCUGGUGUGCCUGAAAGCGAGGGACAACAUGAGUUUAAUGAAAAGCCUGGUCCUGGUGGUGUCGGUUCUCGUACAGCUGUUUCUUUACGCCUACGCCGGCGACGUUCUCGAGUCCCGAACCGCAGAGGUCGCUCAAGCCGCCUACCACUCGCUUUGGUACCGAUCUCGAGGACGCGAAGCCAAGGACCUGCUGCUGAUAAUCAACCGUGGUAACUCGCCGUACCAAAUGACGGCUGGAAAAUUCUUCUCGAUGAAUAUACUCACUUUCAAGGAGAUAAUGAAAACCUCCACCUCCUAUCUAUCCGUUUUGAAGGUACUCCUAGACUCGAAUAAGCGUUUGUCAGGCUCCUUGAGCAUUCUCUUUGCGGAAAUGAAGUCGUCAAAGAGCAAAGAUUUCACGUACACGAUGACUCCGUUGAAGCUCGUGACAUGGCCCCUUGGUACCUGGCCUCUUCAGGAUUACGAUACAUUUUCGAUUAUACGUGCCAUGAUUGUUUCCGCGUUCUUGUUGCUGCUGGUAGUAACCCAGUACACAGAAAUGUACCUCAACAACAGCAACCCUGAGAUGAAUCUAGAUAGCGUGAUAUUAUCUUCCUGCGCCAUAUUGGCGAUAUUGAAGGUGGUAUGUUUUCAUACUUGGUGUGCGGGUCUUAUCGCUAAUUUCACCUCGAUGAUCGCGGAUUACGACGAUUUACGUAGCGAAGAAGAACGAUUAAUCGUACGAUGGCAUGCUUAUAUGAGCAAAGUAGUAGCUGCUUGUGGCAUAUUUGGCUCAUAUUUUAGCGCGACUUUUUUCAUGCUUAUGGCUACGUUGGAUAAAGAGAAAGAAGUGGUUAACGGAACGAAAGAAAACACGGAGAAUUAUCCUAUACUUUGCAAAUAUACAAUGGAAAUUCUAAACUUACCGAAGAGUUUCACCGUUCUUAUCUUCACCAUAGAAUACCUGAUGUUGAUAGUUACGUCCAGUGCAAAUCUAGGUAACGACGCACUGAUCUUCGAUAUCACCUUUCAUCUAUGCGGACAAUUGAAGAUUUUGAGACUAAGGUUGACUAAAUUUAUCAACAAUGGCGAUAAAGAAAGGGAAGAAUUUAACGUGUUAAUCAAAAGGCACAUUUACUUACUGAAUCUUACCAAGAUGCUGAACGAGUCGGUCAGUUCUGUCUUGAUGGCACAACUGUCCUCGUGUAGCAUACUUAUUUGUGUAACCGAAUUUCAAUUUAUUCUCUCUCUGCCUACGGCGAACGUCCUUAUGAUAACGAAAACAUUCCUAGUGUUAUUUACUCUGUUGACGCAAAUGUUCGCAUACUGUUACGUAGGUGAAUACUUGAAACGUGAAAUGGAAGGCAUCGGUUAUACCCUGUAUUUCUGCAACUGGUACGACACACCGCGAAAUAUCGCAAAAGAUAUCGUUUAUGUCAUUAUGAAAACUCAAGAACCAGUUCUCCUGAAGGCUGGAAUCAUAUUUGCUAUGAAUAUGGAGACGUCCAUGACUAUUGUAAAAACUUCGGUGUCGUAUCUUUCAAUUCUUCGGUUGAUGAUAAAUGUUUAA